ACCUGAACAUCACAAAUCCCGACAACACCACAGCGUGGAAUCCAUAUCACGCUUGCACUUGCUUGAAUCUGUUCUCAUUGCUGCAGCUGUCACUAAGCUUCACUUCACUUUGCAUCCUAUCCACAACCAUGUCGUCACCGUUCUCCAUCAACGGCGGCGCCUGUGUAGCAAUGGUGGGCAAAGAUUGCGUAGCCAUAGCAUGCGACCUGCGCCUCGGCAUGCAAGCCCUCACCGUGUCCAACAACUUCCCCAAGAUCUUCCAGUACGGCGAUGUCUUCUUGGGCCUCACUGGCCUUGCUACCGACGUGUCCACCGUGUCCGACCUGUUCCGCUACAAGGUCAACAUGUACCGUCUCCGCGAAGAACGCAACAUCAGCCCCCAGACCAUGGCGAACCUCGUAAGCUCGAGCCUGUACGAGAAACGAUUCGGGCCAUACUUCAUUAGCCCCGUUAUUGCGGGUAUCAAUCAGACUAGCGGCAAGCCCUUCAUCUGCGGUUUUGACAGCAUUGGGUGCAUCGACUUUGCAAAGGACUUUAUUGUCAGCGGCACAGCGAGCGACCAGCUGUUCGGAACUUGUGAAGGGCUGUGGGAGCCAGAUCUAGGCCCAGAGGAUCUGUUCGAGACCAUUUCGCAGGCGCUGCUCAAUGCCGUCGACCGAGACGCACUCUCUGGCUGGGGCGCGCACGUCUACAUCAUCGAGAAGGACAAGGUGACCAAGCGGUUACUCAAGGGUAGGCAGGAUUGAGAGAGAGGAGGACAUGGCACGCAGCAGCGUACGACUAUGUGUUACGAGCUACGAUGGAUAUCCUGGCAUGCCAGAGGACUGUCUCGGUACUGUAAUUUGUCCGUGAACAUGACCACGCAAUCUUCCAGGGGCUACGUGCUGCUUGGGGGACGCAGUCCAGAGCGGUAAUGCAGUAGCUUCUCAAAUAAGAUAUAUCUACCCACA